GAGAGAGAGAGAGAGAGAGAGAGAGAGAGAGAGAGAGAGAGAGAGAGAGAGAGAGAGAGAGAGAGAGAGAGAGAGAGAAAGCAGCGCCAAACAUGGAGGAGAGAGAGGGAGUAGGAAAGGAAAUCCACAUUUCUGUCAUUUCCCUCCGAAUAUUUCCUCCGUUGCUCUCUUCCUCUUCCUGCUAGAAGAAGAACCAGAGACGACGACGAGAUGAGUGUUAUCGACAUUCUGUUCAGAGUCGACUCCGUAUGCAAGAAGUACGAGAAAUACGAUUUCGAGAAGCAGCGACACCUCAGUGCCUAUGGAGACGAUGACUUUGCUCGGCUCUACGCUUCCGUCGAAGCCGACAUUGAUGCUGCUCUUCAUAAAUCUGAGUUGGCUUCGAUAGAAAAGAAUAGGGCAGCCGCGGUGGCAAUGAACGCGGAGGUUCGUCGGAUGAAGGGUAGAUUGAUGGACGAAGUUCCUAAGCUGCAGAAGUUGGCGAUGAAGAAGGUCAAAGGGCUUUCAAAAGAGGAGCAAGACACACGAUAUGAUCUGGUUUUUGUACUACCAGAGAGGAUUAAAGCAAUACCUGAUGCAACCACAAGUUCAGCCAAACAAACUGGAGGAUGGGGAGUUUCAGGGUCUAAUAAAAAUAUAAAGUUUGACUCAUCAGAUGGAGAUUUUGAAGGUGGAUUUUUCCAACAAGGUGAAGAAUCUAGUCAAUUUCGGCAAGAAUAUGAAAUGAGAAAAAUGAAACAGGAUCAAGGCCUUGACAUUAUAUCAGAAGGUCUGGAUACACUGAAAAAUUUGGCCCAUGAUAUGAAUGAGGAGUUGGAUAGACAAGUUCCACUAAUGGAUGAAAUAGAGACUAAGGUGGACAAAGCAACAUCAGAUCUUAAAAAUACUAAUGUUAGGCUCAAGCAAACUAUCACAAAGUGCUCUGCGCUAACUGGAUUUUCAAGGCAUCUGAAACAGCUUCUUGGUUGCAGUGUUGUCGGGUACAAUAUUUUUAAUUAUUUCUGGCCCCCUCAUGUAACCUUUAUAAUAUCUAUAGAUUGAUUUCAUUUACGUUGCUUCCUUCAGA